AUGGUUAGCCUAGCUCACCCCCAAUCUGAUAGCCCAGUAAACGUGAUCAAUGAUAUUCCAGGAAUGGGCACGUGCCAGGCUAAGGCCAACAACGCUUUCGGUCCUGAAGGGGCCUUUCUCUGUCGAUCAGGCUUCGACUUCACUCUACUGUUCGAGCAGGCGAUCCUGUCUAUUGUGCCUCUGCCUGCGUUGUUCGCGGCGGCAGUUUGCCGGCUUGUGUAUCUUUCGCAGCAGAGGAUCAAGGCAGUGCCGGGGUCGAAGGUCUCGUGGAAGGCAGCCAAGCAGGUGUGUAUCGGGUUCACCUUCGCACAACCGCUCCUCAUCAACCGCACAGCGUCUCUCAUGUCGGAGGACACAACCGAUUUCGAGAUGUCCAUGGCCUUCCUCAAGGUGACAAUAUCGUCGUCGGUAGUAAAGGGAUCAGAAGCGGCGGAUUAG